ACUCUGUAUCAUUUGUGAACACAUUUCUACCAGACAACCAGACACUAUGUUGUACCUGUUCGUGAUAGUCGUCCUAACACUGCCAUACAUAGGCAGUUCCAUGCCUUCCUAUCAUCAAGAGGUUUUACAAAUACCUCUGUCAUCCUUUGUUGGACCAGACAAAGUUCAAUAUGCCUGCAUCUCUGUACCGCUGAAAGCCAAUGAAUAUAUAGUUGAUUUCCAGCCUCAUUCACCAUCUGGAGGAGUCCAUCACAUGGCACUGUACUCAUGUGUAGAACCGUAUGAACGACACUCCGUUUGGGAGUGCAUUGACCCCAAACAUGUCUGUAAGACAGCUACUGAGAAGAGGGGUGUGUAUGCCUGGAAUUUAGGCGCCCCAGGCUGGACCUUACCAUCAUACACUGGGAUCUUCACGGGAAAUUCUUCGGGGUUCCUCGUUUUCCAGAUCCAUGGACGGCACGAUCUUACACAGAAUCAUCUGGAUAAAUAUGGAAGCAUAGCCCUGGAAUUUAGGACAAAAAGACCACCGCUGGACACAGUAAUGAAAGUCUAUGGAUCCGACGGAUACAUCCCCGCUAACACUCUAGGUUUUACAACAGACGUAGCCUGCACCUGGGACAUGAGCAUCAGUGCUCCAAUCGUUGGAUAUGCCUUACAUACACACGACUAUGGUGUAGCGGUAUCAGCAUACCUUAUUAGAAAUGGGACAUGGAUUGAGAUAGGACGAGUUGACCCACGUUAUUCAAUGGUUACUUACGACACAUCGGUCCGGAAUCUGCACGUUCAUCCAGGAGACACUGUGGCUGUGCGAUGUACAUACGAUAACCAUGGUACUACAGAUGUCCAAAUGGGAUAUAAACACUCGGACGAGAUGUGUAACAUGUUUUUCUACUACGCCAUCCCACACAGCUUUGCCGAAACAUCGACUAUGACACCAUGCUCUAACAACGCUCAAGAUUUCCACUGGGAGGAUGUGUUUGACAAUAUUCCAUCCCUUGCCAGCGAUGUAUCGGGGGACACCGAUCAAAACCGUUACAUGAAGACCCAUCAUUUACCGAGAAAAAUCUGAAAAUGUGCCACACAUGAAGAGAUUGUUUGACAACCCGAAGAUCGAGUAAAACCAUAUCGCUAAAGAGGACUUGUUGACAAAAGAACAUAUCUAACGCUUAAAUCGAAAGUGUUUCAUAUAUCCCUGAUUAAUGUUGAAAUUGUAUUUUUCACGAUACCGUUCAAUGAACAUCAAGCCAUCUGUGAUUUGUGGAACCAGCUAUUGCAACAUGACUGUCGUGUAAAAUUUGCGUCCAUUUAUGUACAAUUUUGUUUGUAUAUACAUUGCGAUCCAGGUAUCCAUAUAAUGUAAUAGACAAUUCGUCACUAUGAUCAUGUCAGGGUAUCGGGCCGAACGUCACUGUGCAAUUGAAACGUUAUUUUAUCAGAACGUAGAUAUGGCGAAGUGGUUUAAGCUGCGAGUAUUUCUGUCUAGGCGAUAAGGUGCAAUUGGUCGUACGUUCAGGCCCAGUAAGGGCACGAGUCAUAAAACAGUCGCCAUUUGUGUAUUACGUUUUUGACAACAUGCUUGAAAUCGAUUGAAAUUUGUUCUUUCAAAGUAACACGUGUGCAAUAUUUUAGGAAAAUUUUCAUAGAUUUUGUGAUAUUACGGGUAUCUCAAUGAUACUAUCAACGUAUAUGUGUUUGUACAUACCCUUUAUGUUCUUUUUUUACUGUUGUUGAUUUACAAAUAAAUAUGGAUGUUGCUAAUUGA